ACUUCCGAUUUCCGGUGGCGACCGUUGCUAGGGUAACGAGAAGGCAAAGGUGUUCGGGGAUCCGAGACUGAGGGGGAAGCUCGAGACCCUGAAGUGAAGAGAAUCGGCGGCGGCGCCUUUUCCUCGUUCGUGACCCAGAGCUAGGAUGGCCAGCAGUCCAGGAGGCCAUGCGUCUCUCUCCAGUCAGAAAUCGACGCUUUGGGAAUGUUCUCGAGCAAAGAAAUUACAGGUCACCGAAGAGGAGCUGUUUUACAUGAAUUGUAGAGCUGCCUAUCUCACUGUUUUUAAAAGCAGUUUAGAAAGUAUUAUGUCAAGAGAUCAACUUUGUUUAGCACUUCAGAAGGCAGGAAGAAAUCCAUCCCAAAAGACGAUUGAUAAGUACUGGACUCCUCAAACUGCUAAGCUGAAUUUUGAUGAUUUUUGUGCAAUUUUAAAAAAGGAAAAACCUACUUCAAAGUCAGAACUGUUAAAAGCAUUUAAGAAGAUAGAUGUAAAUAAUGAUGGCUAUAUUUUACACACUGACCUUUAUAAAAUUCUUACAAAGAGAGGUGAGAAAAUGACACCAGAGGAAAUGAAUGCUAUAAUAAACUUGGCUGAUAUAAACGUUGACGGCAAACUUGACUAUGUUAAGUUUUGUAAAUUAUAUAUGGCAACCAAUGAGCAAUGUCUCAAGACUGCACUAGAAAAACUGGAAAUUGAUAGUAGAAUGAGGCUUCAGCAAUUAGGAAGUCACCUGGAAGGAUCUCCUGACAGUGGCAUAUCACCACUAUCAAAACUGUCCCCGAGAAUUCCAAGGAAUAUUGAUCAGGAAACCAUGCUCAAUAGAGGCGAUGGCCGGAAUUCUUCUCUACAGUCACCAGCUCGAAAGUACGAAUCAUCUGUUUCUUUCAAUAUCAGCAUGGGGGCUAACAGUGGUAGAAACUCAAAGCUACUUGAGCCAAACUCAAUAAAGGAAUGGCAAUGUGCACAGUCAAAGGGCUGUUUCUUCUUGGAAGAAAACGGUGAGAUUGUUAGUCAUCAGUACAAGAUCCACGUGGCCCAGAGGUCCACGGCUUAUCUUACUAUCAGACCCCUGAACCUGAGUCAAGAAAAAGGAUCAUCGUCUCCUUGGUUGUCCGUGGAUACUGCUUUGUAUCUCCUCAAGGAAAGUGAAGGUCAAGCGAAUCUACAGCUUGUGUGUUUUACCGAAUUGCGGAAUAGAGAAAUGUAUGGAUGGAGUGGCGAAUUAGGAUCAGGACUUUAUUAUUUAAUUCCUUUCACAACUGGCUGUUGGCUGAAGAAGGAAAAAAAACAUGUUACAGAAGAAGCCAAGCUUGUAUGCAGAGGUGAAAAGGGAGAGUUGUUUCUCACAAAGAAAUUUAGAUCAGCUUUAUCAGACAUAUUUGAUAUAAUUGAUUUAGAUGGAAAUGGGCUUAUUAGCCUUGACGAAUAUAACUUUUUUGAACUGAGGACAAGUGGUGAGAAAUGUGACGAAGAUGCCUGGGCUGUCUGCAAAGAGAAUUUCGAUACAAAGAAGAAUGAACUAACAAGGCAGGGAUUUAUGGAUCUCAAUCUAAUGGAAGCCAAUGAUCGAGAAGGAGAUCCGAGUGACCUCUGGGUGACUCUUCACUCAAUGGGUUACAACAAAGCCCUGGAAAUGGUAGAGGCAUGCCCAUUCAUCAUCGACAUCUACGCCGAGAAAUGCCGACCCAGAAUUAAAGCUGUUCACAUGGGAUCAGGCGGCCGUCAUUUUGAGAAAGCCAUUUGCAAGUCUGUCAUUAACAAAGGCGAUGCCAAAGCUCUGGAUAGCCAUGAGAGUGUCUUUCUACAUACCUAUAAAAGUGAUUUCCGGAUAACGUCGGUUCUUGAAAAUCAGUCAGAAAAUAAAGCAAUUAUUCAUGUCAACAAUGAGCUAAGCAAAAACUGUGUAAAUAACAGAGGCCUCAACGUCUUCGCUGUGGAGGUGGCGCCAAAGUCUACGAUGGUUUGUCAGCACGUGAUGCCUGUGAACGAGCGACAAGAAUGGGUCUAUAAUUGUGUGUAUUCCCUGGUGUUGUGAGGGCCAGCUCGGACAGUGAUUCCUCUGAGACUGCCCGACCACAAAGGGUGACUCCAGGUGACUUCUCUUGACCAAUCAAGUAGGGAUGAAUGUACACAGUGGUACGAAUACUUCUCUGGCUUCAUUUCCCUUUAGCUGUUGUAUAUUGUUGAUUAAAAUAUGUGUGUGUGGGUGUGUGUGUAGGUGUGUGUGUGUGUUAAAUUUCAGUGUGUUACAUUUUCCUCAUUUGGGGAGUAAAUCCAGGGCAUAGUUUGCUUUGUACUGUCUUCCUGAUUUGUAAUAGCAUCAACCGACUGUAAAUAAGCCUUUACCACAGCAACACUAAAUAAUUUAUAUAAAAUAUCACAGAUAUUUAGUAUGUCUUACUUGAUUAAAAGAUAGGAAGUUAUAUCCUUCAAAUAUAAAAAUAGGAUUAGGCUAGUCAUUUAAAUUAUUUUCUAGUUAGAAAAAAAGACAUUUUAAGCAAAAUUUGGCACAUUUAUUUUUAUAUUACAAUAACCAGAGAGAAAAAAGUAAUGAGAAUAUAAAACGGGGAAUUUUUGAAAUAUUCAGUAGGUUUACCAACUGUAAUUACUGCUAACUUAUCUAUAGAUUUGUUUAAAGUUUAUAAAUAUGCUGACACUUAAAAUGUACUUAUAUUUAAAAUAGAUAUUAAACAUAUUCAACCUAGUUUAAUAGGGCAGCACCAGUCCUUGAAAAGCUAUAUUUAUCAACUAGCACAGCAGAACUUUGUUCCCCAGUCUUCUGUAAUGGAAUACGAGGCCAGUAAAUGUCAGCCAUGAAAUAGCAAUACCAUUAUAGAACUCUAAUUAUUUUUACAUACAGUAUGUGCUGCUGCUUAGUUCUUGAAAGGUCAUUUAUUAAUUUGUGUUACACGGUUUAGACAUCUGCAAAAUGGGUUAAUAAAUUCUUAAUCCUGAGCUGGGAAUCAGGAAACAUGGAUCCUUGUUCUGGCUCUAUAACUAGCUAGCUGGGUGGCCCCAGACAAAUCAGUUAACUUCUUUUGACUUCAGUUUCUAUGUCUGUAAAAUAAGGAUGCAGCUAUAGUGUAAAGAAAGGCUUUUUGAAUUGACAAGAAAAUGUGACUGACUUUAGAUGUUCGUGGUUUAGAAGAAUGUUCCAGUCUUAAGCCAUACCAUCAACCAGAGAGUAGUACCAUCCAAAAUUGAAGAAAAUUGUCAAAAUAAAAAUAAAAUUAUUGUGUUUUGUGAAUUUUUUUAAAAACAGUAAAAAUAAUAAAUUGAUUUCAUAAUAGAACAACUCAAGAGCUCAUUAAAAAACCAAUUCCCAC